UACCUUGAUGAAUGAUAUGGAUUUUCCUUUGCCAUUUUGAUUUCAGGGUAUUGAAAUGCUUUCACUUGGAUCAUUUAAGACUGGUGCCAUACUAUUGGCAGGACUUUUUGUGAUGCUUUUGUUUCCCACAGCGGAUGCUAAACGCCCCUUCUCAAUGCUGGGUCUUGGAGAUAUAGUUAUCCCAGGCAUUUUUGUUGCAUUGGCACUCCGUUUUGAUGUCUCCAGGGGGAAGGCACCCCAAUACUUCAAGAGUGCAUUUUUAGGAUACACAUUUGGUUUGGCACUCACAAUAUUUGUUGGAUUCUUGGCGGUACAUUGCAUAUGGAACAGGGAUGUGAAGCCUUUGUUGGAGUUUGACGAAGGAAAGACAAAAGACGCGGAAGAAGCUGAAGCCAAAGAAAGCAAGAAGGUAGAAUGAGUUGCUUAACCAACAAUCUCUGCUGCCUUGUGUGACUAUUAAUCCACGGCGAUACAUAGCCUAAUUUGAGGGUCAUUGUCUCUUUAAUGUCAGUCUGUUUGUUGUAUUAGAUUUUUGAGACUGACCAUCAAUACUACUGGCCUUUUAUGUUAUACAUUGAAACUUGCCUCAAUUCUAAACUUGCUUGGAUAAGGAAGUGAAGAUUAUGAAAACAACCAAUAACAAAGAUUUGGGGCUAUCAACCCUCAUCUAA